AUGAGGACUGCUCUGCAGGCAGUGGCCCUGUGGGGAAGGAAGGCCCCUCCCCACAGCAUCACUGCCAUCAUGAUCACAGAUGACCAGCAGACAAUAGUGACCGGAAGUCAGGAGGGCCAGCUCUGCCUCUGGAGUCUCACACGCGAACUGAAGAUUUGUGCUAAAGAGCUCCUCUUCGGUCACUCAGCUUCAGUGACAUGUUUGGCAAGAGCCAGGGAUUUCUCUAAGCAGCCGUAUGUCGUGAGCGCUGCUGAAAAUGGGGAGAUGUACCUGUGGGACAUCAGCAAUGGGCAGUGCGUGGAGAAGACCACCCUUCCUUAUAGGCACACUGCAAUCUGUUAUUACCACUGCUCCUUCCGCAUGACCGGAGAGGGCUGGCUGCUCUGCUGUGGGGAGUAUCAAGAUGUCCUCAUCGUGGAUGCUGGAACUCUGGCUGUGGUCCACUCCUUUUCUUCUUCACAGUCCCCUGACUGGAUGAAGUGCAUGUGUGUCGUUCACUCCGUGAGAAUUCAAGAAGAUUCUCUUUUGGUUGUUUCCGUAACUGGUGAGCUCAAGAUGUGGGAUCUCUCGGCGUCCAUCAAUAGCAUCCAGGAGAAACAAGAUGUCUAUGAAAAGGAAUCGAAAUUUCUUGACUCCUUGAACUGUCAGACAAUACGAUUUUGCACAUAUACAGAGAGGCUCCUGUUGGUGGUGUUUUCUAAAUGUUGGAAGGUUUAUGACUACUGUGAUUUUUCCCUCCUGUGGACUGAAGUUAGUAGCAGAGGGCAGUGUUUUGCUGGUGGGGAGGUGCUUGCUGCCCACAGGAUCCUCGUCUGGACAGAAGAUGGUCACAGUUACAUCUAUCAGCUGCUGAACAGGUGGGCUCAGAUGGGAGCGGCACAGGAAACAUUCAGUGGGCUUUCCAAAUGUGUGUACCCCUCGGAUGGGAGAGUUCUUAAAGAGACCAUCUACCCACACUUACUGUGCUCCACGUCUGUGGAGGAAAACAAGAGCCUCCAUUUUGUCAUGGGCUACAUGAAUGAAAGAAAGGAACCUUUUUACAAGGUCCUUUUCUCUGGAGAAGCCUCGGGAAGAAUUACACUGUGGCACAUUCCAGAUGUCCCCAUCUCUAAAUUUGAUGGUUCUCCUAGAGAAAUACCAAUAACCACCACUUGGACUAUCCAGGAUAACUUUGAUAAGCAUCAAACUAUGUCACAGAGUAUUAUUGACCACUUCUCUGGGUUCAGAGAUGAACUGGUAACAGCAGUGGUCACGUCAUCAGAGUACAUUCCAAGUCUUGAUAAACUCAUUUGUGGCUUCGAGGAUGGGACCAUUUUCCUCACCAAGGCUUUGCAUGCUGCCAAAGCAGGACUUCUAGAAGGGGGCUCUUUAUUAAAAGGUUCCCCCUGUCACAAGGUCCUCAGGGGCCAUCACCACAGUGUGACUGCCUUGCUCUAUCCUCAUGGUUUUUCUUCAAAAUUAGACCAGAGUUGGAUGGUGUCUGGGGAUCGAGGCUCCUGUGUCAUCCUGUGGGAUAUUUUUACUGAAGGAAUUCUACAUAAAUUCUUUUUGGAAGCUGGUCCAGUAACAAGACUUUUGAUGUCACCAGAGAACUUUAGACUAAGGAGCGAUCAGAUCAUCUGCUCUGUAUGCGAGGACCACUCUGUGGCCCUCCUUCACCUGGAAGGGAGACGGUGCCUCCUGCGUGCCCGGAAGCACCUCUUCCCUGUGAAGACCAUCAGAUGGCAUCCAGUGGAGAACUUUUUAAUUGUGGGAUGUACAGACGACUCUGUCUACAUCUGGGAAAUUGAAACAGGCACUUUGGAAAGACAUGAAACAGGAGAAAGAGCAAGGAUUAUUCUGAGCUGUGGUGAGGAGUCGCAGCUGGUCAAACCCGAGCCCAUGCUGUCAGUGGCAUUAGAGGGACAGAGGCACAAAACUAUAGAGCAGAGAGCCUCUGGCUCCCACCAGCCCGGGCCUGUGCCCUGUCCUGGUCUGCAGCUGGAGUCUUCGUUUGAGGUUGCUGACACCACGUCUGUCCUAAGACCUUUUAAUAUCUUGCCUGUGAAGACAAAAUGGAAUCACAUUGGCUUUCACGUUCUUCUGUUUGAUCUGGAAAACCUGGUUGAAUUGCUGUUGCCCCUGCCUCCCAGCGAUGGUGACCAUUCUGGCUCCUUUUAUGGAAGUGACAUCCUGAGAAGAGCCAGGAGCACAGUGGAGAAGAAGACACUGACCAUGAAAAGAAACAAAGCUUCAUGCAGUUCUCUGCAGGCUGAGGCACAAGCCAGGUCUGGCGGUGACAGCCUGGGUCACAGGGACAGCACCAACAGAUUCACAGAGGACACGGAUGGCAUUAAAAGACAGAAGAAAGCAAAGAGCCCCCAAAAGAUGCAUCCUAAGCCACUCAGGAAGAUGGACACCAACCUCAUCAUAGACACUGCCAAGCUGUUUCUCUCUUGCAUUUUGCCCUGGGGAGUAGAUAAGGAGUUGGACAAUCUCUGCUCCAGGCAUCUCAAUAUCGUCAAGCUACAGGGUCCCGUGUCUCUGGGACUUGCUGCAGAUCGAGACCUCUUCUCCCUGAUGCUGCCUGGCUGGGAUGCAUGCAGCUCUGAAAUGAACAAGUGUGUCAGAGCAAAUCUGUUUUCCAGAAAAGUCUUGGACUUGUCAAAUAAAUACACAGCCACUCUUGCCAACAGAGCUGGAAUACCAAGAGGCCUGGGAAACCACUGUGAUUCUUUGCAAGAAUCAAAUACGAUACUCUAUUUACUGAGCAGGGUAUUUAUAGUUAAUAAGUUAGUUAACAUGCCUUUAGAAUUGGCCUGUGAAAUCGACAGAUGCUUCAAAAUGGAAUCAGUACAUAAUAAGUUUAAAUGUUCUGGAAAUGAUAUUUUGAAUAUAUCAAGCUUCUGUGGUUACUUAAGAAAUGGUAAGAAUGAGUGCCACACAACUGAGGCUGACCUGUCGCUUUUGAAGCUAAUGUCCUGCUGGAGAGACCAGUCUGUGCAGGUAACUGAAGCAAUCCAAGCUGUCCUCUUAGCUGAAGUUCGACAGCACGUGAGGAGUUUGAGAAAUAUGUCAGUCGAUAGUCAGCUGGUCCCCACAGCAGAAAGCAUCGGUGAGAAUACGAAGAUGUCACCCAAGAUGGAAUGGGUUGAAGAAUCAAAGUUACAGUGUGUCAGAAAUGCAUUGCCUUUGCAAGCUCCCGUCAGUCCGGUCAAGCAUGGUAAGGACUUGAACUCGGCAAACUUCCAAGAUACGGAGGACAUCCUUGACAGAUGUGUCUUGGAAGAGUCUGAGAGUGCAGGUCAUCCAAGGCAUCAUUCCUGGAUAGCAAAAGUAUGUUCCUGCAAGAUGUGCUAAAUGGAGUCUUGAAAAAGAAAUAGAACCUGAAAUAGCAGGGAAGGACAGACAUGCCAUUUCUCUAUCAUCAAAUUAAAGUAGCACUGCUGUCAGUCUGUAAUAGGUCUGCUAAUACUUUAGCCAAAAUGUGCUAAAAAUGUUAUGCCUGAUUGAAAAUCUAAAUUCUAA